CUGGGUCAGACAUUGGAUCGUCUGGCCCGACAGCGGGCAUCGGUUCACCAGGCAUGACAGCAGGCACUGGGUCAUCAGGCAUUGGAUCGUCUGGCUCGACAGCGGGCAUCGGGUCACCAGGCAUGACAGCGGGUACUGGGUCAUCAGGCAUGGGAUUUUCUGGCUCGACAGCGGGCAUCGGGUCACCAGGUAUGACAGCGGGCACUGGGUCACCAGGCAUCAGGUCAUUUGGCUCGCCAGCAGGCACCGCGUCAUCUGGCAAGGCAGUGGGCACCGAGUCACCAGGCACGACAGUGGGCUCCGAGUCAACUGGCAUGACCGCGGGCACUGGGUCAGACAUUGGAUCACUGGCCCGACAGCGGGCAUCGAGUCACCAGGCAUGACAGCGGGCACUGGGUCAUCAGGCAUUGGAUCGUCUGGCUCGACAGCGGGCAUCGGGUCACCAGGCAUGACAGCGGGUACUGGGUCAUCAGGUACCGGAUCGUCUGGAUCGACAGCGGGCAUCGAGUCAGCUGGCCUAAUGGAAUCAUCAGGCUGGAUCAGCUGGGUAGAGGCAUCAGGCUGAAUUGUGGGCGCCGAGGCACAAGGC